UCGAGUCCUUCUGUUCCUUAUCUUCUUCCUCAGGAAAACAAAGACAGAGAGAAGGACUAGGCGUGGAGGCCAGGGGCGCGCUCCUGCCAUGGCGCUCUGAUGGCCGGCGCGGGCGGUCUAGCCAGGGGGCUCGCGACCUCCUGCGGGGUGUGGCCAGCGUGGCCCACGACCCUGGCUUGUGUGGCCCCGGAGGUGGCCUGCGGCUCCAGCGGCGCGGCUCCGACAGCCCGGCCAGAGGCGCGGGCCUGGCUCCCGGCGGUGGCCUGCUCGGCCAGGGGCACGAGCGGCGGCGGGGCCCUCUCGUGGGCGCGGUGGCCCAGGCCAGGGAGCGCGCGGCCCUCCCCUGCGGGCGCGGUUCCCGGGGGCUGGCAGGGCGCGUGGCUCGCCCAUGGCCGGCGCGGGUCGUUCGAGGGGUCAUGGCCCUCCAGGCGGGGGCGGCUCACCCUCAGCCACGGUGCGCGGCGGCCAGCCGGCCAGCUCGCGGCCUGGCGCGUGGCAGUGGCGGCCGGCUCGGCUGGGCCAGGGGCGCGCGCGGCCGGGGCCAGAGGUUCGCACGGCCGAGCUCGGCCAGGAGGCGUGGCUCGCAGCCGGUCUGGCGGGCGCGGCGGCGUCCCGCGCACGUACUCCCGACGGUACCAGAUGAAAAACUGCAGAUGGAGGCCAACUUUUGCCUUGGAGACUGGUGGGCCAUCUAACACUGAUGGCCAAGACUUUGAUGAGGACAGUGGUUUUCUUGGUAGGACUAGACUGGGAAGUCUCAUCCAAGCUGCUGCAAGGGAGCUACUUGACAAGCUGAACUCUGCCAGAACGAAUUCGCCAACAAAGAUAUUCCUUGUCCUCCUUGGUUUUUACACAGCCAAUGCCUUGGCAACAAUACUAGGGCAGACCGGUGACUGGGAUGUUCUUGUUGCUGGUGUUGUAGUGGCUGCCAUUGAGGGAAUUGGCAUGCUCAUGUACAGAAAACCAAUUACCAGGCCUCCUGGUAGGUUUCAAUCUUUGAUUUCAAUGGUGAACUACUGGAAAGCUGGUGUAUGCCUGGGCCUUUUUGUGGACGCCUUCAAGCUGGGUAGCUGAGUUUACGCAAUCACCUUCUGCUAUCUGCUUAUAGUGCUUCUUUUUUGGGUAUAUUGGGAUCACAAUAACACCAGGAUAUAUUUCGAUGAUGGCCAUUGCUCAUUGCUCGAAUUCUAAUAGUUGCAUUUGGCUCAAAUUCUGGUAGCAAUGGCUGCUGAGGUAUUCGUUUUUUAAGAGCAGAUAUUAUUCUGAGGUGACAGUAUUCAUUUUUCCAGAACCGAAAGCCUUGUUUGGUAACUACUUACUACUGCAGGCUGUUAAGCACUGUUUGGCCUGUAAACUGUUGAUAUGCUGUAGUUUUUCUCACCUCCAUGUAACCCUAAUAUGCAUCUAUGCUUACUCAGAGAAAAAUUAAAAAGAGUUGCUUCUUUAAAAAAA